AUGGAUUCGAGGUCAAAGCUUGUUCAAGCCUUUAAGGAUUAUGGUGGCAGUGUUUCAAGCGAACAGUUACUGAAAUUUAUAAAAGAGGAUAGUGAGUUGAGUCAAGAACCCAGAAGUUGUAUAAAGAAAAUAGUUGCUUCGAUCGCUGUAAUUGAAUAUGACUCGGAUCAGAAAAGAUAUCUAGUUUUGAAAGACUUAGUUCGUGAUAAGGAGAAUCUUGUCUGCAACUCGACUCAGACGUCAACGUCGCAGGUUGUGGGAAGGCAAAGAUGUGAGGUUUCCAGCGAAAGUAGUCGACCACAAGAACGAGCGUUAAUUCAACACACUGCUAACUGUCGCGGAUCUAACACUGAGUUAUGA